AAAAGAAAGGUUGAGAAAUGCCACGGAACAGAUCGGGUGUGUACAACAAUUGAUCGUUUUUUCUUGCUCCCUUUUGGUGCUUCGGCGAUCCAAACAAGCCAGGCGGAGACUGAUAGAUUCAAAUCAUCAAUUGAUCGAUUCUCUUGGCUGUGUGGUAAUUCUCUUGCUCAAGAUCAGUUCGUGGUUUUGUAAUUUUGUGAUUGAUGUCAAUGGCACCCGGUGGCUUCGGAGACGGCCGUGGAUCCGCGGCCACUAAGGGUGUGAGAUUCGAUUUUCAUAUGAUUGGGUUGGUUAUUUUGGCUCUGAUGGUGAUCGAGAUAGGAGUUGCAUCAACUGUAUUUGAUCCUGGUGGAACGCUAGAGGUAUGGGGCCCGAGUAAAGAGGGCGAAUUUAGACUCCAAUCAUGUAAUAACGCUAGGGUUCUGUGGCUGAGUUUGGCUGAAGAGGAAGACCUGCUGAUUCGUCCUCCUCCUGAGCCGCCGCCUUGGAGCGAUCGAGAGGCCAAGAUUUGGUGGAAGAUGAAGUUUCCCGAAAGAGUUCGGAGUUUUUAUCAGUUAUUUCAUUUUUUAUGGGUUUCUUUUUGUGUUUUCCUUAUUUGCAUUGGUAUGUUUUUUAUUAGUUUCUUUAGUUUUAGACCUAGAAUAAUGAGGGACAAUUCUGCUAGAUAUUAUAUUGUUAUAAGGAUCGAAAUAGCCAGUGAGUGCUGAAUACCUAUUUGGUGAUCGAUAUUAUACUGGUUAGCGAUUCG